CCAUUGGGUGUCACAUGAUACGAAGAUGUCGCCCUUCAGUACUGCGAUAUUUUUUUGCUUGGUUUCAACAAGUGCCUGUGUAAUAACAACCAGUUUGAAUGGAAUUUGGGCGGUGACCGAUGGACAAAAGAAUAUAAAUAUUAUGGGUGAAGUUCCUGGCAGUAUGUACACAGCAUUGAUGGAUCACAACGUAAUCCAGGAUCCAUAUUACCGUGACAACGACCUCAAGUAUCGCUGGAUUGGACUGGACGACUGGGCGUAUAGCAGGGUAUUUAAUGUGACAGUGGACAUGAUGUCGAUGAUGAACGUUCAGUUGGUGUGUGAAGGACUGGACACAUUUGCCACAGUGACCAUUAAUGGCCAUCUGGUGGGAGAGACCAACAACAUGUUUGUCAGAUACGUGAUGGACAUCAAACCUUACAUCAGAGAGGGGGAGAACAUGAUCCUUGUGUCAUUUAAGUCAGCAGUCAAGCAGGCCCAGAGUCUGGCAGCCAACUACAGCUACCUGGUGCCCCCUGCCUGUCCUGUCCCCCAGUACAAAGGGGAGUGUCAUGUCAACAUGAUCAGAAAGGAGCAGUGUUCAUUCAGCUGGGACUGGGGACCUUCCUUCCCCACCCAGGGAAUCUGGCGAGAUAUUUACAUAGAGUCUUACAACACAUCAGCAAUUCGUUAUUUCACUGCAGAGACUCUUAAAGACACUAAUGGAUCAUGGGUAAUUGAUGCUGAGGUACACAUGGAUGUCCCGUAUGGAGCGACAGUUGAGGGUUUGAUUGAAAUUCAGUUGGACAUUACAUCCAUCGGAAGUAAACAGAAUGUCUCUCUAACACACCGGGACAAUAAAGUGACACUGAGAGUCAACAUCGACCAGAACUUGGACAUUGAAGAGUGGUGGCCCAACGGCUAUGGAGCCCAGCGUUUGUACAAACUCUAUGCCUUCUUCACCAGUGUUGAUGGCCGCAGCAUGUCAGGCACAAAACUGACCAUUGGAUUCAAAACUGUGGAAUUGGUGCAGGAGUUUGUGUCUGGAGAUCCAAAUCAAGGUAGAGCCUUUUACUUAAAAAUUAACGGUGUCCCAAUCUUCCUCAAGGGCAGUAACUGGAUUCCAGCUGACAGUUUUCAGGAGAGGAUCACCAAGGAGAGAUUACGCAACCUUCUACAGUCAGCAAGAGAUGUCCACAUGAAUUCUAUGAGAGUCUGGGGAGGAGGGGUUUAUGAGUCUGAUGAUUUUUAUGAUCUUGCUGAUGAGCUAGGAAUCAUGAUCUGGCAGGAUUUUAUGUUUGGUUGCGCUAUGUAUCCCAGAGACCCACAAUUUCUUUUCACUGUGCGCGAGGAAAUUACACAGCAGGUCAGAAGACUGAAGUCUCAUGCCUCUCUGCUUCUGUGGAGUGGGAAUAACGAGAAUGAGAAAGCUCUACGGCAAAGCUGGUAUAACACUGAUGUAAAUUUUACAUUGUAUUACAAUGACUAUGUGGCUCUGUACCACGAUACGAUUCAGCCCAUCGUACAAACGGAGGACACCAUUCACCCGUUCAUCAUGUCCAGCCCCAGUAAUGGGAUGGAGAGUCUUCAGGAGGGAUUCGUUGCCAAAGAACCGUGGAGUGAGCUCUACGGAGACAUUCACGAUUAUCGUUAUCUGGACCCGUUUUUUGAGGAGAGCGUGUACCGAGUUCCUCGACUGGCAUCAGAGUACGGACUUCAGUCUCUGCCGUCCUACGAAACCUUGGCAAAAGUUUAUGCCGAAGAAGACCUGGAUUUCUGGUCGGACAUGAGUGAGCACCGGCAACAUCAUCCACUGGGUAAUGUCCAGCUGAUGGCAGAGGUGAUCCUAUACCUCAACCUUCCCAAUGCCCCAGACAAAAAACAGAAGUUUAAGGACACCAUUUAUGUCACACAGAUUGAUCAGGCUGUUGCCAUGAAAACUGAGACAGAACAUUACAGACGCUGGCAGAACAGAAUAGAUGAGAAGGGGCGGGGCAACACGAUGGGGGCAAUGUACUGGCAGCUGAAUGACAUAUGGCAGGCCCCCACCUGGGCUUCCAUAGAAUAUGGUGGAAAAUGGAAAAUGCUGCAUUACUACGCACAACACUUUUUCUCCCCCUUGCUUGUCUCACCUUAUGAGGAAAAUGGAGAGGUCAAAGUUUACAUCUGCGCAGACGAGAUGAAAAUUCAUGCAGUGAGACAUGCUCACACUCACCAGAUACAAUUUGUACCUGUCAAUCACCACAGACUUGGAUUCUUGUUUGGCACAUUUCCCCAUAGUAACCAUCACCCUAUCCAACAUGCUGUGGGACCCUCUGGGACAUUGUAUGUGUCUCUGUAUUCAUGGGACAGCAUGAACUCUAUGUACACCUGGACACAGCCAUUCCAGAUGAAUACAACUUCACAGCUGGUGUUUUCUGCAAACAUAGACAACAUGUUACGACAGGCUGGCUGCAUCCGACGACAAAACUGCUUUCUAUAUUAUCACCUUGGCAAUCCACAAACUGGCCCAGUUGCCUGGCAACCACUGUCAAUAUUCCAGAGUGCAAUAGGAUUACAGAAAGCCAAUAUACGGGUUACAAACGUAGCCAUGGUACAAAAAGAACAAGUCUUCAACAUCACCAUCACUACCAAUGCCAUCGCUCCCUUUGUCUGGCUGGACACGCCUGGAAUUCAAGGUCGUUUCUCGGACAACGGCUUCCUUAUGGUUCAGUCCCCUAUGCACCUGCAGUACUUUGCGUGGGAGUUGGUGAACUUGAAGACCUUAGACAAUUCUAUUACCAUCAAAUCUCUGAUGGACAUUUAUUACUGACCACUGAAGUGACCUUGAACUGGACACUCAGUGUAACCAGUGAUAGGACUGAUAUAUGUAUCAGAAUAUUUUAUUGUUGUUAUGCAUUAUAAACAGAUGCACACAUCCAUGUUGUUACAUAGAGAGAUUUAUUUUUUACGCAUUUUUAAAAAUUGUUACACAAUAAAGACUAAUAAUUCAA